UUAUGCUGCAUAUCUGAACAACAAUUGGUCUCGAAGAACCUGAUUUGACUUCAGUUUUCGUUUUAAACUGGAUCAAAUUAGCACAUAGAGGUAUUGCAAUAUGAUCAGUGCUAUUUCCACAACAGUGCAAUGGAGCAGAUUUACAACUGGGAAAUUUGACUCAUUGGGCUGAUUCAGAUUAAGUAAGAAUACCCCGGAAUGAUGAAGUAUUCAUUGGAAACGGCUGGCAAGAUAAAUAUGUCGGAGGAGGCUUUUGACGUGAUGGUGGUCGGCUCCUGUAUGACUGACUUGGUAAGCCAGGCACCACGGCUACCCAAAGCUGGGGAGACCAUCCAUGGUCAGAAGUUCUUUAUAGGCUUCGGAGGGAAAGGGGCCAACCAGUGCAUACAGGCGGCAAGACUGGGGGCCAAAACCGCCAUGGUUUGCAAGGUUGGUGAAGACUUCUUUGGAGACAAUUACAUUCACAAUUUCAAAGACAAUGGCGUACACACAGACUUUGUAGGCCAGACCUCUGACGCAGCCACAGGAACUGCCUCCAUUGUUGUCAACGAUGCAGGCGAGAACGCCAUCGUGAUCGUGGCCGGUGCCAACAUGCUGCUGGGCGUCGAGGAGCUGCAGGGAGCUCGUCCAGCCGUCAGUCGUGCAAAAGUUCUGGUGUGCCAGCUGGAGAUCUGCCCGCAGACGUCCUUGCGGGCGCUACGCAUGGCGCAGGAAAACAAAGUGAAGACAAUAUUCAACCCAGCGCCGGCCAUCGCCGACUUGGAUGCAGAAUUCUACAGAGCCUCCGACGUGUUUUGCUGUAAUGAGUCCGAGGCGGAGCUGCUGACUGGUUCCUCGGUGGCUAACGUGGAGGAAGCACAUCAGGCCGGCCAGCAGCUGCUGAAGCGUGGCUGUGGUUCAGUCAUCAUCACUUUGGGACCCCAAGGCUGUGUGGUUGUCAAGGCACAGGGGUUGACCUCAACACAUGUUCAAACUACCGCUUGUGCAACUGUGGACACUACGGGUGCUGGAGACAGUUUUAUUGGAGCGCUGGCAUUUUACACGGCUCAUUAUCCCACAAUGCCUCUGGAGGAGAUGGCCAGCAGAGCCAAUCGGGUGGCAGCAGUGAGCGUGCAGGCUGUUGGCACGCAGUCGUCUUACCCCUUCAGAAGGGACCUACCAGCUGAGCUGUUCUGAGAGCAGCAAAGCAACGAGCAGACGCCCGCGAUCCCAGAGUGGCUCUCCAGGACACGAACACAACGGUCUUAUGAAAUGAACUGCUUCUGAGAAAUCCCAGAUUGAAUAGAAUCAAACUCGUGUGGAUAGUUUAUGGUUUAGUCAAUGCUAGUUGAAUAGAAAGCUGAUCCCAAUUUGACUGAAAAUAAGACAUUAAUGGUGCCCAUGCGGUCAUGAGCAUUCUUAGAGACAGUCUUGAUGGUUUGAACGGUUUAAUAAUUAACAAACUGUUAGAAUUAUUACCCUUAAAAUAAAUUGUGUUUCACAACAGGUAUCCAGUUUAAAUACAAGUUGGAACAGUUGACUGAAGCAACAACAAUAACGAUGCGGCAAGUGUCACGUCGUUCUGGGGCAGUGGGCAGAGUAGAGGCCUUAUUUUGUAGAUCACAGUAGAAAUCGCCUCAAGUAGCCAAACAGAAGCGUUGAAUGGAACGGCUUGUAUAAUCCUUGCCAAAAAAAAAAAGGUUCAAACUGAGCCGGUAUUUGUCCAUGUACUUUGGUCCAUUGUCAUAUUGAUUUGAUCUUCCUCUUUUCAAAAAACAAAACGUGCUUGUUCACUGCAAAGACAAAAGAGUCGACUUUAAAUUCAAUUCUAGAUCCUGGACACAAUAUAUACCAUGAAGAUUGUGUGCAUGCGACUGAUGUGAUUUAGGAAGGAAAAUAUUAAGACUACAAAUAAAUAUUUUUGAAAGAUU